AUGUCCGCGGAUCCGCAUCCACGCCAGACAGCCAAUCCAAUUGUAUUAAUAAAUGAUGAAGCCGAAUAUAAUAAUGUACUGCAAAAAGUUGGCAGCAAAGUGCUCGUCAUUGAAUAUUAUGCAAGUUGGUGCGGACCGUGCAAAGUGAUAAAUUCCAAAUUAGAAAAAUUAGCUCAGAAAUAUUCGCACAAGGUAGUUAUCGUUAGGAUAGAUGUCGAUGAAUGCGAACAAUUGGCAAUCGAUAAUAAUAUAGUCGCUAUGCCAACUCUGAUUGUAAUGAAGGGUAAACAGAAACUGGGGCAAUUUGCUGGUUUUAAAGUGGACCAAUUGGAAAAAACUGUUGAGAGAUUAAUUAAAAAACCAGAAGUUGUGCAAACGGAUCAACAAUCACCACCGUUAGUUAUAUCAGUGCGAGAACCGAUUCGAAAUGAUCCUUAUCAACAGCCGUCGACAAGCAACCCUGACGAUGCAGAUGCUGAUAAUUCCGCCGACGUUGAUACUCCGUCCACAUCGAGAAGUUCUAAAAUCAAGAAACCUAUACGCUUAUCGGCCACCCGACGCAUUUUAAAAUGA